CGCGCGGGCUCCCGUAGCCGGGCGCGGUGGUGGCGCCACGUCCCGGGCGGUGUCUGGGAAGGAGUCAAUAGGCCAGGGAGCUGCUUGGUGAGGCCAUGGCCUUCACGCUAUAUUCCCUGCUGCAGGCGGCCCUGCUGUGCGUGAACGCUAUCGCCGUGCUGCACGAGGAGCGCUUCCUCAAGAACAUUGGCUGGGGAACAGACCAGGGAAUUGGUGGAUUCGGAGAGGAGCCAGGAAUUAAAUCUCAACUCAUGAACCUGAUUCGAUCUGUACGAACUGUGAUGAGAGUGCCAUUGAUAAUAGUAAACUCAAUUACUAUUGUAUUGCUUUUGUUAUUUGGCUGAACGUCAUUGGGAAACCAGAGACUCAGAAGAGACGCCCAGAAGUUACUAUUUCCAUUGUGACUGGAAUAGCCAUGUUUUAGCAGGCUCAUCCUGCAGUUGACAAAAAUGUAAAGUUAACAAUAAAACCAGUUUCUAUUUACCUGA